GACCCACCAAGAGUUUGUCUCCAGCUCUCUGAACAGAAGCAGAUACUGGGCGCGAUCCCUGCGUGGUUGGCGUUACUUUGAUGGUGCUUCCCCAAACCCCGCCCAUCGUGCACUGGGUGUUCUGGAGGAAGCCGGUUACGUGGAGGCCGUAAUCACUCAGAACGUGGACGGCCUGCACCAGAGGGCUGGCUCACGGAACGUCAUCGACCUCCACGGCAGAAAUGAUGAGGUUGUUUGCCUAACCUGCUCCCGCUCCCGACCGAGGGCUGGCUACCAGGAGGAGCUGGAGGAAGUGAAUUCCACGUGGAUGGACACGUACCUGCCUCCCCAAGAGGUCAUGGACAUCCGGGCGGAUGGCGAUGCCCACCUGGAUGUCAGCAGCUUCGACGGCUUCGUGGUGCCCCCUUGCAAAGACUGCGGGGGGGUCUGGAAGCCGCGCGUGGUCUUUUUCGGCGGCUCCCUGAAUUCGGCCGUGAAGCUCCAAGCGCAGAAUGCGCUGCUAGGAGCCCAGGCCUUGCUGGUCAUGGGAACCUCCGCCAAAGUGUUCAGCGCCUUCUCCUUAGUCAAGCUGGCGGCUCAAGCCGGCAAGCCAGUUGCAGUGGUCAACAUCGGGGAGACACGUGCAGACCCCCUGAUCUCUCCUGCCUUGCGCAUGCACCUACGGUGCAGCGAGGCGCUCCUAGCUCUGUGCCGACACCUUGGGCUGCAGGUCUGA